AGUCCACUUAACCCUGUCGGUACCAACACUAGUGCUUGACUGGGACGGUGGGGAGGGACUUAGCCAAAGCAGUGCAGUACAGAAAUGUGACUGAAAAAUAUGAGUUAAAUAUCGUUUAUACUUUCUUCAAAAGGCCUGUUAUUGAAUUUAUUCAAACAAAUUGUACCAAGAAGAAUUAAGAAACAUUUUUGCAUGAAGUAGUUCAUAAGUAUUAAUUUCAAUGCUACAGAACGUAAUGAAAUAAUAUCACACAACCAAAGUAAAAACUUCCUUCUUACAAAAAGAAUACGUAAACGCAAUCGAUAAAGUGCCAACAAAAUAAUCGAUAUUCGUAUUCGAUUUGUUUGUGACUACACCGGUUGCCACUUACGACUUGUACCUUAAAACUUGCGAGCAAAAUAAAUGGUCAUUUUUGUAUGUUAUUCGGGGAGUAAUUCCUUUUGGAAAAAUAUAAUACAGUUAAAAAGAGAUUUUUCAAUGGAUAUAAGUUCAGAACAUUAAAUCUGUAUGGUGUUUUCUUUUUCUUUCUUGUCCCGUUGGCUUGCGAUGUACGAUAAACGCUAUUGUAAGGAUGCCAAGAGAAUUCGACAAAGAAUCAAACUAAGUGAACCAGGCGGUGUCAGUGAACUGCCUGGCUAUACUAGACCUGAAAGAUAUCUGUCACCAACCCAUCCUAUACAUUUAAUAUGUGUAUUAGCUGGUCUUACUCUAAUUGGAGUGGGGUUGAUAUCUCAAAAUAAUAAUUUACCCACACCACUUAUGUUGAAAGAUGCACCAACGAAUCCUGGUCAAUUUAUUGCUGAAAGAGCAAUGGAUUAUCUCAUUGAACUUACUAAACUUGGUCCACGCUCAGCUGGAAGUUAUGAAAAUGAAGUGCUUGCUGUCGAUUUAUUUAAAAAGAAAAUUGCAGCUAUUACAUACAGUGCUAAAAAAAUACAUAAAAUAUCAUUGGACAUUCAAAAACCAAGUGGAGCUUUUCCUCUUCAUUUUUUGGAUGGCAUGACAAAUGUAUACAGAAAUGUUCAUAAUAUUGUUGUAAAAAUUGGACCUCAUGAUGAUCCAGGUCACAGUGUUCUAAUGAACUGCCAUUUUGACAGUGUUCCAGAUAGUCCUGGAGGAAGCGAUGAUGGAGCUAGUUGUGCAAUAAUGUUGGAGAUUUUUCAGAUAAUAUCUGAAAGUGAUUCAUCUCUUAAUAACAACAUUAUAUUCUUAUUUAAUGGAGCAGAAGAAAAUUUCCUACAGGCUUCUCAUGGUUUCAUUACUCAACACCCUUGGGCUCAAGAAGUUAGGACUUUUGUCAACAUGGAGGCAUGUGGGGCUGGGGGUAAAGAAAUACUAUUCCAAGCAGGACCAAAUCAUCCCUGGAUAAUGGAGAGGUACUCAGAAGUUGUGCCAUACCCUUAUGCAUCUUCUCUUGCCCAAGAAAUAUUUCAAAGUGGUGUUAUUCCAGGAGAUACUGAUUUUAGAAUUUUCAGGGAUUUUGGAAAUAUAUCAGGUCUGGAUUUUGCAUGGGCAACUAAUGGAUAUGUGUACCAUACACGAUUUGAUAAUGUGGAUCAGAUUCCUCUUGGCACCUUACAACGCACUGGUUCUAAUAUAUUGGCCUUGGUUUUGGGACUGACAAAUGGGAAGGAACUGUCCAAUGUUAGUCUGUAUAAAUCAGGAAACAUAGUGUUUUUUGACUUUCUGGGAGUAUUUAUGAUAAAGUGGUCAGAAAAUGCUAAUGUUGUUUUUAAUGUAUCUGCAGCCAUAUUGUCUGUAUUUUCAAUGUUACGAAGUAUGCAAUCUGCAGCAUUGCGUGAUGUGAAGUAUGGCACAUAUCUGAAGCAGUUUGGGUUGUCGUGUUUGGUUGUUGUGAUUUCAUGGAUUGUUACAAUUUUGUCAUGUGCAGUGAUAGCUGCAGUGCUUACAACUUUAGGUCGCACAAUGAGUUGGUUUGCACGGCCUACAUGGAUAUUUUUUCUCUACAUUUGUCCCACAUUGUUUGUACCAAUGAGUGUGGUUCUGUUUGUUUCACGAUGGCAGAGAAAGGCAUUGUCACAUUCCCCUUGGAUUUUGUUCCAAAUCUAUUACGAUUCUUAUUUGUUCAUGUGGACUUUCCUCUUGAUUGUAUGCACAGUUUUUUCAAUAAGAAGUGGUUUUAUUGCUUUAUUCUGGACUUUCUUCCCAUGUGUGGGGAGCCUUGUGCAAAGUCAUGUGUACAAGCACUGGAGAGAUGGAAAAUGGAUUCUGUAUCAUUGUGGUGCUCUUUUAUUACCUGCGUGUCAAAGUCUGUACUUGAUGUUAGGGGCCAUGAAUUUAUAUAUUCCUAUAAUGGGUCGCACAGGAAGUGGAAAUCAUGCUGAAAUAGUGUUAGCAUUCCUCACUUCCAUAAUAUUUGUUUUUUUCUUUAGUUUCUUUAUACCUAUUAUAAUACUUGUUAAACAACCGCGAAAAAUAUUGAGUCUACUGGGGACUAUGUUUUUGAUUGCUGUUGGCUUGUUGAUAUUCACACCCCUAGGAUUCCCAUAUUCUGGGGAUCCUAAGUCUCCUGCACCUCAGCGAUUUAUGAUAGCGCACACCCAAAGAGUUUUCCAUGAUGAAUUUGGAAGAGAAAGGAAUAGACAGUCUGGUUUCUGGCUUGUUGACAUGGAUCUGAAUAGUCCUUUCAGUGUAGAGUCUCUAGUUCCUGAAAUAAAAAAAGCACAAUUAACUUUGGAAGACUGUCGAAACGAAUUGUACUGUGGUUUGCCGUACCUUAUUCCAGUGUCUACUUUUAUUUGGAGGACGCAUUGGUUGCCAGCACCGCCUCCUCACAUUGGGACACCUACGACUCUGGAAUUGGUCUCUGUUGAGAAACGUGCCAAUUCUAUUAAAAGAAUGUCAUUUAAUGUCACGGGUCCCAGUCAUAUGGGUUUAAUGGUAUCUCCUUACAAAGGAGUCUCAUUGCUGGAGUGGAGUUUUGUUAGUGGGGAUCCCUUGGCUGGACCUAAUUGGCAAGGCCGUCCAACGUACUUUGUAUUUUAUGGCUGUGCAUCCGAUCCAGAACCAUGGACAUUCUGGAUAGAUGUCAAGGAUCCAAGUGGUCGAAACACUUCCAUAGAUAUAGCUCUGUCAGGCCAUUUUUUGCAUGGUCCAAACAAGAUUACCUCUGAAUUACGUGAGCUACUUGCAAAUUUUCCUCCAUGGACUACUGCAACUUCCUGGACGGCAUCAUAUACAUCUUGGAAAUUUUGACCUCAGUUACCUAAUUAGCUGUGUGGUGGGAUAUAUACCUCUAUUUAUCUUUUCAAUUUUUCUCUCUUUUGUUAUUGUUGUUGUUAUUAUUAUUGUUGUAAUUUUCGUAUUAUUUUAUACAAUAAUUCAUUCCAUCUUACAAACCCAUGAAAGACAAGCAUGCAAUCAGUAUUGGAAUGUUUUUUAAAUUUUUUUGUGUCUCUAAACAAAUCUUAAUAAUGAAAUAUUUUUAAGUAGAGUUCCCCUUUUCUUUUUGGUUUCUGGAGAAUCCAUAAAACUAUGAUGGUAGGAAUGACUGAAACAUAUCGAGAAUAUUUAAAUACAGGAACUUAAAAGUUGCAUGUGUGUUAAUAGCUACUUUCAUGUUUGAAAUGAAAGACCUUUUCUAAGCAGUAUUACAUGUCUUCAGAGCUACAUUAUAUGAAGUGCUUUCGCAUCUCAGUUGUAAAUAUAAUCAUGGUCUCAUUAAUCAAAUGUCGCACUCACUACAGAGUGACAUUCUCAGGAGGCAUGUUUUAAAUAGACAAUAUUUCCUAUUUUGGUGUGUGUUAAUAGCACAUAUAAGGUUAAGGUGUGUUUAGUACUAUUUUUGUUUAUGCGAUGUAAAAAUGUGAUAAAUUCUAGAUUUUUGUCUUUGACUUUCUAGAAUUGUUCAGGAUAAUUAAUUAUCAGUGCUUAAGGAAAAGUCUAAGAUUGUUUUAUUUUUUGUUUUGGGCAUUUGUUUAUGAAUCAUUGAGGAAAGUGGUGGUAUUGUAUUUUGUUUAAAACCCUUAGCAGUGUGUGUUUUGGAAAAGUGUAUGAUAUUCAUUUAUUGAUGAUUGUAUGCGGAAAAAUGUUUUUGUUAUUGCUCUUUCUUUUUAAUUUUUUGAGAGCUUUUUCUUGUUUAAAGUCAGGUUUGCUAACUCUUAUUUUUGUUUAUGGUUUUUGAAUAUAUCUUUAUUCCUUUAUUGGAAAUAAUUUUGACUUUGAAAAUUUGGUUGUGAAUGAAAUUUUAGUUGGUGUAUUUUCAGAAUAUAUGAACUAUUUGUUUAAUUAUGAUGUUUGAGUUCUUAACGUUUUUCUGAAAUCAAUACUAUUGUCUGAUACAUUAUUAUUAUUAUUAUUAUUAUUAUUAUUAUUAUUAUUAUUAUUAUUAUUGUUAUCGUUAAUAUUAUUAUGGAAUUUUUUAUUCACAUUGUCCUCAUCAUAACCAUUACACUUUUAAAAUUACAUUAUUUUAAUUCCUUUAGGAAGUACUGAACCGAUUCACAAUUAUAGUGAAGAAAUGUGAAAAAAAUGUAUGAAAAUGUAAAGUUACUAACAUUUCUUUAUACAUUGUUUUAGAUAUUAUCAGCAUCUACAGAAAGAUGUGAAUGAGAAUAGUAUUAACAUUUAGUACCUACAAUUGUUUUAUGUAGAACUUAUUAUGAACUUCAAAAGUUCAUUAGUGGUCUCACAUAAUUGAGUGAUAGUUUGACAAAUUAAGGUUCGUGCCGAGUUUUAUAAUGGCCAUCAGCUAUUGUUGUGUGGGGAAUAUUGAACUCUGAACAGUGUCAUAGACACACUGAAGCUAUAAUUAAUCCUGCAUGUGCAUAUCUAGGUUUUCAAAUAUACACGUGCGUAAUAUUAUCCAGUCUCUCUUCUGUAGUCCUUGUAGAUGUUACAUAUCAACUGACACUAACCUCUGCAUUUAUUAAAGCUCUUCUUUUGUACUCGUUGAUCCUUAUUGGAGAUGAGUGGCUAAUAGUGAUUCUUGUUAACGCUUACUCCAUUUUAUUCCUCGAUGAGAAUACAGUACUUACUCUUUAUUGCGAAGCUACAUCUCAGCAUAUUUGCAUAUAUUUGUGUGUGAAUAUUUAGGCCUUUUUGUUACUUUUUUGGGUUGUGUGGUUUAGUGAAACAUUUUGUAAAUUUCUUACUUAAAUAAUGUACAUUAAUAAAACAUUGAUCAGUCCUAUUUCUUGCCUCUGUAUGCAAUUAGUGCAUUAUUCAAGCCUUUAAUAUUUAUUGAAACUACUGAUGUAGUUCUGUAAGCAGUGCAGAGAUCAUUCCAAUUUUUGCUUUUAAACUCGGAGGGAAAAUGGCCAUUAUGAUAUUUUAAUGUAAUUAAACAUGACCUAUGAAGAGCGUUAUUAAUUCAAAUCUUUCAGUAUUCUCUUUGCUAAAAGCUUGAUCAAGUUUUUGUUAAUCUUUUCUCCAUGUGUUGCUUUAUAAAGAUGUCACCUGACUAAAUGUUGCACUUCAACCUGUGAAUUAUUUAUUUGUGUGUGUUUGUAAGUGUUAAGCUGUAUAUUUUUGAGACCACUUGCAAAUGCAUUGAAAUUUUCCUCUAUUGUUCUAUGUAUUUAUUUUAGUAGGGAGAUUGAUAUUCCUAUUGUGAAAGGAGUGUAUUAUAUUUUGUAGUGCCCAUUAUCAGGCAGAAGAGUCUGGAAAAAGGGUAAAAUGCCUUUCCUUUUUAAUCAAAUCUAGGAGUAAGUGAUCACUAUUGUGAUAGUGUAUAGAGAAAUAGUUUUUCUACCUUUUUAAUAUAACCUGUUGUAUUUACAGGGUAGUUAAAUCAGUUAACUAUAAAUCACAUUAUUUGCACCUGCAUAAACUAGAGAAUGUGGUUUUGAUACUUCUCUAUUUAAAUUAAAGACUUAAAGUUAUUAAGGAGUUACUAAAUCCAAUUGGUCUUAAAAAGAAUUUUAUCUAGGACUGAAUAAUCUAAGAAUUGUUAAGUUAUAUGUGAAGGUUACUGAUAACUUCUAUUCUUCAUAUCUAUUUUUUAUAAAUUAUUUUAGAACUCUUGAAUUCUGAUGUGAAAAUUCAAUCAAUAAUGGUUCUUAUUUCUGUCUUCAAAUUCGCCUUUGAGGGUCAGUAGUUAUGGACGGAAUUUACAAUUGGGAAUGAAAAUUUGAUCAUUACCGUAACUUCACAUGCAUCAUUUGUUGUCAAGUAAUAUUGAGUCUAUUUAAUAUGUUUAUAUUUUGUUCAUUAAAAAUAUUAAAACUUGU